AUGCUUGCAUUCUCAAGAGAACAUUUUAGCAAAACAAGGUAUAUAUCAUGGCACACCGUUACAUAUCUCCCCUCCGGCCAGAAAGAAAAUAUCAACACAAAAUCUAGUGAAUCAUCCAGAUGUUUCUCCAGCUGUUCUGAGCCAGAGGACCUAUGUACCUUUUCCUCUUUGUCCUCAUGUUCCUCCGCUUCUAACCGGAAAUGUGAGAAAAACAAGAAACUCCAGAGCUCAAAAACUGAGUUGAGCCUUUACUUCACAGAGCCAUCAGCUGGCCGCUCAGAGGAGCAGCAUCUCAAAGAGUUCAGUAGCCAGACUCAUGAGUCUUCUGAAGGGCAGCUGGGGUACCUGGCUGCCCAAGUGGUUAAACAGGUGCUUAACAAUGCACUGUACGUGAUUGAUAGUCAGAGUCAGGCAAAAACUUGUGACAGUUCCAGCAAGGCAGUGGACCAGACAAAUUGUACCAGCACAGACGGAUCCUGUAAAUGUAAUGUUUGCCAGCCUUCAGCUGAUGGGGUCCCAGAAAGGGUUGGGGUAAAGAAAGAGACAGUUAAAGAAGGCAAGAGGCUAAGUGGAGAAGAAGGAACAACAGAGUGCUUUAAGAAGUAUAGGGAAAUGGGGAGUAGAGGUACAGACCAGGGAAAUAUCUGUGAUAUUUGUUGCCAUGGUACCCGUUGCCAGGGCAAUAGACCAGGCUUGGAUGAGUUGAAGGAGUUUUUGCAAGGAACGCCAGGAGAGAAGCUGCUAAAUCUCUGGAUGGAUACAGAGAGAUUGAGAGCUACACAGAACCGAGAGUGGAAGAAAAGGUAUUUGCUCCAAAUGAGGAGCCGGUACUUGCAGAGCAGUAGCCAGAGCAGUCUCAAUGUGGAGCUGCUGUCCAGACUGGGACUGAAUACCUCCCCCUGCUGGACAGAGGAGAAACUGUGCUCAGUUCAGCCCUUGCUCGUUGAGUCUCUGCUCUACUACUGGGUUCCUCGGUUCUGGACAUCCCAGUGUGUUCAGGAAGAACGUGAUGACUCCCCUCAUCUAGAGCUGUGGACAGAGUGGUGUGUUAGCCCUCUAUCAGAUAUACAGUCCCACCAUGGCUCUAUGAGCCUGCCUCCCCUCCGCCCCGACACCUGCCUGGCCCAGUCCCCCCAUGCUGUCCAUACACAGUUAUUUUCUAGCAGAAGUCAGUUACUGGGCAGCAGAAGAAUGGAAAAGAUGUUACAAGCUCUUUGUGUUGACUCGUGGGCCGGCUUUUACUUCACAAACUUCUGUGAACAAUCGGGAAACCAGCUUUGGGAGAAUGCAGCUAACUUUUGGACUGACCUGCAGCUCUACUAUGAGCUGUUCUAUCAGGAUGGACUUGAUCCCUACAGAGUACAGAGAGAAGCACAGCUCCUUUACUCCACCUAUGUUUCCAGCUCUGCCAGGAGGAGAGUUGAUGUCGAUGAGGAGAUCAGAAGGGAGGUGUACGACCAGCUGAUCCCCGCCUUUGAGGAGCUGUUUGACAAGGUUGCGGAGCACACACUGAACAUCCUGCUGGAGCCGUGGACUCUGCUGGUCAGCAGGGACGAAAAGUCCUUCCAGACGGUGUGUAUGCAGGAGGAGGUGCGUUAUGUCGACAGUCCGGAGUACAGGGAACUCCAAAGUCUGUACGAGGAAUCAGAGCGCCAACUGAAACAGGCGGAGCAGUGCAGGUCCAUGCUAUUUCCCUCUCAUAUUACUUCCCUCUCAGAGAGCCCACAGGUGACUGAUUCUUGGUCCAAAGUGUCUCCCAAUUACCAAGGUUACCGUCUAGGUUCCUUACUUCGUCACCGCCAUGAGAUUGGGCACUUUAUGUCCUUUCUACAGAAUCAGGAUGCCAGCAUCCAUCUGGCAUGCUGGUUGGAUUUAGAGCAAUACAGGAGGACUCCAAAGAAAGACAAGGCUGUCAGACAGGAGAGAUCGUCUCAUAUUGCAACCAAAUACCUCAACAGCAAGUACUUCUUUGGCUCUGACAGCCCCGCCACAACAGAACAACAGAAUGAUAUAUUGCGUCUGGCAGGUGGACUGGAGCGUCUGAAGCUAGAAUGUCCCUCGAACCCAGUGGUUGUGGAGAUUCAGGACAUCAUAAGGAGUCACAUUGAGAAAAAGUGGCUGCCUCUGUUUCUGUCCACAGCAGAGUUCACAGAGCGACUGAAACACAAACCAAAGCACCAAGCAGCAGACAGCCUCUCGCAGCACGUCUACCGUCGACGCAGAGCGAGGAGAGAAGCCUGGAAGGCGGAAGGCUUGUGGAUGAGUUCCUCAAAAGAGAUACUGCUGUUUCGACGGAUCCUACUCAACCCUGUCACUUGUAUUCAGUUCCAGCACUUUGUCUCUCUGAAGGGAGACUUCCUAGAAAACGAUGUGCUCUUCUGGCUGGAGGUGCAGAGAUACAAGGACCUCUGUCACUCCCACAGUGAUGAGGCCACCAUCGAGCAGAAGAUCUCCACCAUCAUUAACUGUUUUAUCAACUCCUCCAUGCCCCCCGCUCUGCAGAUAGACAUCCCUCCUGAACAGGCCCAGCACGUUCUGGACAAACGCCAUGAGCUGGGUCCUUACAUCUUCAGAGAGGCACAGAUGUCUGUGUUCAGUGCUUUGCUGAAGUUUUGGCCCGAGUUUCAAGAGCUGAGCGGCAGUGUCCAAGAGGAGCAACUUCUUCCUCUCCUGCAGGAGAAACGAGUGAAACACAGAGCCAGCGUCCGGAGACAGAGGAGAAAGGAGGAGGAGGAAGAGGAGAUGAGGCGAGCUCAAGAAGAGCUGGGGAGGUCAGAGUCCAGUUUCACAGAGGAGGAGGAGGAGACGGCUGACGAAGAUGACGUAGAAGAAGAACAUGAGGGGAGAAGUGAUAAAAAACAGUCGAGGACACAAAGCAGAGUGCUGCUGUCUCCCACACAGUCGUUGUCGUGGUCCUACUCCAAGUACAUGGCGGCUCUGAAGAGAGAGGAGAUGCUGCUGAGGAGACAGAGUCACCUGGAAGCAUCGUUCUCCAUAGCCUCAGACUGCUCGUCUGACUGCAGUGUCAGGUCAGCAGACAGUAAACCCAGCCGCCAGCAGCCCUCACGCCGCUCCUCCAGAACGGACAGUAAACAGUUUAACAGACACAAGAGGGGUGUGAGAGCCUGCAACAUGAAAUGAAACCAAAGCGUAAGAACUGACUUCAUGGUGCACCACUUUUACGCAACGAGGGUGCCUGACGCAGUUAUCGGAGCAUGAGGAGUGAAAACUGAGAGCAGAGCUGCUACUGAUAUCCUGAUGAGGUCGAAGUUUGAGGCUGGGUUUACAUGAUGUAAGAAUAUUUGCUUGAACCCUCUCUGACAAAGAUCUACUGUGUGUAAAACUCCUCGGACUUUAUUUACAACAGGCCGCAUAACAAGUGUACAGCCAUCACGUAGUCUUACAUAGUACACAAUGAUAGAAUAACACUUCAUUUUUAAUGUUUUUAUUAAAUGUUUCUAUUCAUAUAUUAUCCAUUUACAUACAUUAAAGGCAUUGGACUUAAAUCUUAAGCAGAGAUAAGUGGAACAAUAUAAAAAGACAACAAUAACAUGUUUGCAUCAUAAGGGGUUGGCAUCCACAGAAAGUUACAAAGAACAGUGUUAUUGUCAACGAGUAUGUUACACCCAUA